AUGCUCUACGAGCAGUUUGGCGCUCAGGACGAGAUCAAGGUCCAGUUUGUGGCGGUCGUCAACGCCCUCGCCUCCUGCCACGUCGCGCUGGCGAGCCGCGCGCGGGACAGCAAGCGGCGUGCCGUCGAGUUCGAGCGCGCCAAAAAGUACUUUGAGACGGCGCAGCAGAUCGACCUGCUCAACUCGGGCACCUUGGUCGGCGAGGCGGUGCUGCUGCUGCAGCAGGGCAAGCUCGAGUCGGCGAGCAGCAAGCUCGAGUCCGCCUCCGCCUAUUGCCGCGGCUCGAACAAGCUCGCUGCCCCCGUCUUGCUCGGCCGCGCCUGCGCAAAGUUCCAGGCAGGCAGCUACUCGGAGGCGCUACCCCUCUGCCGCGAGGUCUUCAUGACCAACCCGUCGCCGCCGCCAGCCGUGCGGCUCGGGCUGGCGUACUCGGCAGCGAAGCUGGGCAACGUCUCCCUGGCGCGCAAGGCGCUCGAGCGGACCCUCGCGCUGCAGCCAGACAGCGUCGAGGCGCUGGCGGGGCUGGCGCUUCUCGACGAGAACGAGCAGCGCGUGCCCGAGGCGCUCGAGCGCCUCACCGCCGCGUACAAGCUUGAGCCGUCCCACCCGUCCGUCCUGCUGCAGCUCUCGUCGCACUUCUUCUUGCGCGGCGAGUACGACAAGGCGACCGCGCUCGCCAAGCGGGGCUACGCGGCGGCGGAGCAGAGUGCCCGAGAUGAGCCGAGAGUGGCCGAGCGCAGGCGCGUCUUCCACGCAAAGUCGGACUUCUCGUCGGCGCUGCAGUGGUACAUGCAGGCGACAAAGCUGGCGCCGUCGCUGCUGCCGCCCUACUACGGGCUCGGCCAGAUGCACCUCGUCAACAACGACGAGCGCGCCGCCCUCGACUGCUUCGAGAAGGUGCUCGCUUCUUCGCCAGACAACGUCGACGCGCUCAAGCUGGCAGGCAUGCUCUACACGCGCAUCAAGCCGCGGCGGGACGAGCUUGCGACGCAGCGGCUCACGCGCGCGACUGAGCUGGCGCCGCUGGACGUGGUGGCGUGGCUCGAGCUCGCAAAGGUGCACGAGAGCGCCUCCUCCCUCAGCGUCGCGCUCAAGGCGUACGAGAAGGCGGCCGCGCUGCUCAAGCGCGCGCAGAAGCUGGUGCCGGUCGAGCUGUGGAACAACCUCGGCGUGCUGCGGCAGCGGCUUGGCAAGCUGGACAGCGCAGAGGCCGCGUACUCGGCGGCGGCGCGCUUGUGCGGCGGCGAGGGUGCGUCGCAGCUCGCGGAGAUGCAGCGCGUGACGGUCGGGUACAACACGGCGAGGCUGUGGGAGCAGCAGGGCCGGCUGGAGCAGGCGACGGCCAAGUAUGUCGAGCUGCUGCAGGAGCACCCCAACUACGUCGACUGCUUUCUCCGGCUCGGCGCGUGCGAGCAGGCGGUCGGGCGACCUUCGGGCGCGCUCGCGUGGCUCAAGAAGGGGCUCGAGGUGGACCCGGUGAAUGCCGACCUGUGGUGCGCGCUCGGGAGGGUGCACAUGGAGCAGCGGGACUGGAUGCGAGCCGACGCGUGCUUCAAGGCGGUGCUCGAAAAGUGCGAGGGUUGCCGCAAAGACUCGUACGCGAUGCUCUCGCUUGCAAACAUCCAGCUCGAGCUCUCUGCGCGCGAGAAGCACUCGUCGCGGCAGGAGAACGCGCUGCUCGACAAGGCGACCGAGCUGUACCGCGCGGUGCUGCUGCAGGAGCCAAACAACGUCUUCGCCGCGAACGGUCUCGGCGUGGUCUGCGCCAAGAAGGGGCGGUUUGCCGAGGCGAGGUCCAUCUUCACCUCGGUGCGCGACGCGUCC